AUGUCUGCGGCCAGCUGUCUGCUAUCUGAAGAUCAGUUUCGGUGCUGCAUCUGUCUGGAUGUGUUCAUUGAUCCAGUCAGCACACCAUGUGGACACAACUUCUGCAAAAACUGCAUCAAUGAACACUGGAACAGUAGUGACCAGUACCUGUGUCCAAUGUGUAAGAAGGUUUUCUACACAAGACCUGAACUUCACAUCAACACAUUCAUCUCUGAGAUGGUUUCUCAGUUCAGACAGAAAGCCAGAAACCACAAGACACAUGGUGUUGUUCCUGUGAAAGUAGAAUAUGAAGGAAAGAAGGCAGAGCUGGGGAAGACAGAGGCUAAAAUUCAGGAGAUGAUCAAGAAGAGACGACUGAAGAUUCGAGAGAUCAAACACUCAGUUGACCUCAGUAAGGAAGCUGCAGACAGAGAGAAAGCAGAAGGUGUUCAGGUCUUCACUGCUCUGAAGGAGUCUGUUGAGAGAAGCCUGAAUGAGCUCAUUGAGACGAUUGAAGAGAAGCAAAGAACAACAGAGAAACAGGCUGAAGACUUCAUCAAAGAGCUGGAACAGGAAAUCUCUGAGCUGAAGAAGAGACGCUCUGAGGUGGAGAAGUUCUCACACUCUGAAGACCACCUCCACCUCCUCCAAAACUUCCUGUCCCUGAAAGCUGCUCCACCCACCAAAGACUGGACAGAGGUCAGCGUCCGUCCAUCAUAUAAGGGGACUGUGGUGAAAGCUGUGGCUCAACUGGAGGAAACAUGCAGUAAACAGAUGAAGAAGCUGUUUGAGGCUGAGCUGAAGAGGGUCCAGCAGUAUGCAGUGGAUGUGACUCUUGAUCCUGAUACAGCACAUCCUGAUCUCAUCCUGUCUGGUGAUGGGAAACAAGUAAAUCAUGGUGAUGAGAAGAAGAAACUCCACAAAAACCCAGAGAGAUUUUCUAGAUGUGUUAGUGUGUUAGGAAAGCAGAGUUUUUCUUCAGGCAGAUUUUACUUUGAGGUUCAGGUUAAAGGGAAGACUGCCUGGAUAUUAGGAGUGGCCAGAGAGUCGAUUGACAGGAAGGGAAACAUCACACUGAGCCCUCAGAAAGGUUAUUGCACUAUAUGGUUGAUGAAUGGAAAUGAGUACAAAGCCAGUAAUAGUCCUCCAGUCGAUCUCUCUCUGAAGUCUCAGCCUCAGAAGGUGGGGGUGUUUGUGGAUUAUGAGAAGGGUCUGGUCUCCUUUUAUGACGUAGAUGCUGCAGCUCUUAUCUACUCCUUUACUGGCUGCUCCUUCACUGAGAAACUCUACCCAUUCUUCAGUCCCUUUUUAAAUUAUGGUGGUAAAAACUCUGCCCCUCUGAUCAUCUGUCCUGUCAAUGUUUCACACCGGGCAGUGUACAACUUCUGA